AUGGCGGCGGCAGGCGGCAGCCGGCGAGCUCCCGCCCCAGGCCUGCGGCUCGGCCUCCCUUUGACCACCCACUUGUCGGCAGUGGUGUCCAGUCGAGAGGACGACGAGGAGCACAACCUCGGGGAUGAUAAAAUGCCUGGCGACAGUGACUGGUUUCAGAGUUCCAGGGUCCCUAGCUUUGCUCAGAUGCUGAAAAAGAAUUUACCAGUUCAACCAGCAGCCCAGAUGGCCACACCGCCCGCGGGAUUUCCCUCAGAAAGUGGCAGCCUGUCAAGCAUGGCGUCUAAGGUUACACAAGUGACGGGCAAUUUUCCAGAACCAUUGCUUUCCAAAGGUCUUUCAUCUGUUUCAAAUCCUGUCCUUCCUCCAAAAAAAAUACCUAAAGAAUUUAUAGUGAAAUACAAACGUGGAGAGAUAAAUCCUGUGUCAGCCUUGCACCAGUUUGCCCAAAUGCAGCGAGUUCAGCUUGACCUUAAGGAAACUGUAACCACAGGUAAUGUUAUGGGACCGUAUUUUGCUUUUUGUGCUGUGGUGGAUGGUAUUCAAUACAAGACUGGACUGGGACAAAAUAAGAAGGAGUCGAGAUCCAAUGCAGCAAAAUUAGCUCUUGAUGAGCUUCUACAAUUGGAUGAACCUGAACCACGAGUUAUAGAAUCAUCAGGUCCUCCUCCUAUCCCUGCAGAACCUGUUGUUGCGCCUGAACCAGCAUAUGUUUCAAAAGUACAUUAUGAAGGGAGGCAUGUCCAGUAUGCAAAGAUUUCACAUAUUGUUAAAGAAACAUUUAAUCAGUUAAUUUCUAGCCAGUCACAGUAUCUGAAAUGUUGCAGUUCAUUGGCUGCUUUUGUAAUUGAAAGAGCUGGACAUCAUGAGGUUGUAGCUAUUGGCACGGGUGAAUACAAUUAUAGCCAGAGCAUUAAGCCAAAUGGAAGAGUGUUGCAUGACACACAUGCAAUUGUUACAGCAAGAAGGUCUCUCCUUAGGUACUUUUAUAGACAGCUUCUACUCUUCUAUAGCAAAAAUCCUGCUAUGAUGGAAAAGUCAAUAUUUUGUACAGAACCAGCUUCUAGUCUACUUACUUUGAAACAGAACAUCAACAUUUAUCUCUAUAUGAACCAGUUGCCUAAAGGAUCAGCCCAGAUUAAGUCUCAAUUACGUCUUAAUCCACAUUCUGUUUCUGCAUUUGAAGCCAAUGAAGAAUUGAGUCUCCAUGUGGCUGUUGAAGGCAAAAUUUUUUUGACUGUUUACUGUUCUGCAGAUGUUGUUAAUAGAGUAAACAGUAUGUCCUCAAGUGACAAGUUGACAAGAUGGGAAGUGCUUGGGGUACAGGGAGCAUUGCUGAGCCAUUUUAUACAGCCAGUUUAUAUCAGCAGUAUACUUGUUGGUGACGGGAAUUGCAGUGAUACUCGCGGUUUAGAAAUUGCAAUUAACCAGCGUGUCGAUGAUGCACUUACUUCAAAACUUCCAAUGUUUUACUUGGUUAACAGACCUCAUAUCAGCUUAGUACCCUCUGCAUAUCCACUUCAAAUGAACCUGGACUAUAAAUCCCUGAGCAUGAAUUGGGCGCAAGGAGACAUUUCUCUGGAAAUCGUGGAUGGCUUGAGUGGGAAGAUCACUGAAAGUUCCCCAUUUAAAAGUGGUGUGUCAAUGGCAAGCCGGCUUUGUAAGGCUGCAAUGUUAAGUCGAUUCAAUCUACUAGCCAAGGAAGCUAAAAAGGAUGGUUUACUUGAAGCUAGUACAUACCACGAAGCUAAGUGUAUGUCUGCAUCCUAUCAAGAAGCUAAAAUUUUAUUGAAAUCCUACUUACAACAACAUGGCUAUGGCUCCUGGAUUGUGAAAUCUUCCUGUAUAGAGAAAUUUAGUAUGUGAAAUAGACAAUCCGUUGUCAUAUUAAAAAUCUUUUAUUUUUUGGUGU